GAGUGCAUCUCUGGGAAGAUUCUGGGAAGUGUGGCAUUAGCAGCAAUGGUCCCUCGGAGGAAGGAAGGCCCAACUUCCCAGGGAAGUUUGAAGUUUUCUGGUUUCUGCUGAUUAUUGAGGCUUGUGACAGCACUCCCAACAGAAUUCAGAGAACUGAGAAUGUCUCUGUAUUGUGGAAUUGCUUGCAGGAGAAAAUCUUUUUGGUGCUAUAGGCUGCUGUCAACCUACGUCACUAAGACCCGAUAUUUAUUUGAACUGAAGGAAGAUGAUGAUGCAUGUAAGAAAGCCCAGCAGACAGGAGCAUUUUACCUCUUUCAUAGCCUGGCUCCUUUGCUUCAGAAAUCAGAACAUCAAUAUCUGCCCCCCCAGCAUAGCCUAUUAGAGUUGGAAAGGCUCCUGCGUAAGUUUGGACAGGACACACAAAGAGUAGAAGAUUCUGUGCUGAUUGGAUGCUCUGAACAGCAUGAAGCAUGGUUUGCUCUGGAUCUAUGUCUAAAUAGCUCCUCUUCCAUAAAUGCUUCCUUACAGAAACCUGAAAUGGAGACGGAGCUCAAGGGAUCUUUCAUUGACUUGAGAAAGGCUCUCUUUUGGCUGAAUGUGAAGGAUGCUUCCUUGCUAUCCACGGCUCAGGCGCUCCUCCGUUGGCAUGAUGCUCAUCAGUUCUGCAGCAGAAGUGGGCAGCCCACCAAGAAGAACAUGGCAGGCAGCAAGCGUGUGUGCCCUUCCAAUAAGAUCAUCUAUUAUCCACAGAUGGCUCCUGUGGUGAUCACUCUGGUGUCAGAUGGGACUCGAUGCCUGCUUGCCCGCCAGAGUUCCUUUCCCAAGGGAAUGUAUUCUGCCUUGGCAGGUUUUUGUGAUAUAGGUGAAAGUCUGGAAGAGGCUGUCCGACGAGAAGUUGCAGAAGAGGUGGGAUUGGAGAUAGAAAGACUGAAAUUCUCUGCAUCCCAGCAUUGGCCUUUUCCCAAUAGCUCCCUCAUGAUUGCUUGUCAUGCAACUGUGAAACCAGGGCAAACAGAGAUCCAGGUGAACGUGAGAGAACUAGAAGCAGCUGCCUGGUUCAGUCAUGAUGAGGUGAUCACAGCCCUGAAGAGAAAUGAUCCAUAUACUCAGCAACAGAAUGAGGCUUUCCCAUUCUGGGUGCCCCCCAAGUUAGCCAUCGCCAACCAACUGAUUAGAGAGUGGGUGGAAAAAUCGACCUAUUCUUCUCUGCCUGCUUAGCUCAGAUCAGGCCAUAUAGAUUCCCUUCUCAGUAUCCUGAAGAGGCAUAUCAGAAAUCAGUUGAUAACGGGGAAGUGACAAAAGGCCAUCUCCAGGCUAACCUCAUAAUAAGGCAGAAGAUAAGCCUACAGCAAACCUCAAGAAGCAGUGUUAAGAAGUUCCUACUCAUAGACAAUCAAAAGUGCCAGUGUGAGAAGAAAAACUGAUGAGAUGACAACUGUCAAAAUCAGAAGAAAAGCUGAAUUGUUAAUUUGGAUGUAGGCCCUUGUUCACCCAUUUUCUUCUAGGCCUUGGAAGCAAACAUAUUUUGGCAUAUGGCUUGUUAAUAGCGUGUUUAUAAUAAACUACCAAACUGUGCCUGGUAUAGUUUGGUUAAAACUUUUAUCUUAGUAUUGAAAAUAUAUAUAGCAAAUCUCAACUCACUGAGUUACUUUUUAUUCUCGCAGAAUUAAGAAAAAUAGCAUGACAUAACAUUUUUGAAUUCAUGUACAGGUAAUUAAGUUGUACCUGGUAGUUAAAUAAAAGUCAUAUUUCUUUAAGUCAUCUGAAGGGAUGAGGAAAGUGGGAGCUAAGGUCUUCCUCAGAGUACUCUGUAAUGAGAUGCAAUGGUGUUCUAUUGAGGUAAUUGCAUCCCAGUGGGGCCCAAGAUGUAAGUCUUUUUUUGCUGUUACUUACUCAAUUUGUAACCCAAAGAAAAGAUUAUCACUUUGCCAUUCCUGUUUUCCUAGAUAUAAAAUGGUUGCUGCUAUCUGCACAUCAGUAAGUGCUGUAACUUCAACUAAGAGAUUAGUGAGGAUGAACCAUUUCUUGAGUUUUAGGUGAUAAACUAAAUUUAGGAUUUCUCAUCAUUCAUAGAUGCCAUUCUAUACCUCGUCACAGGGAAGACAAGGAAGAAAUAAAAUAAAUUUGUAUACCUUU